UUCUAUGACUAUCCAUCACAUCUCCCUCCCAAAAGUCCCCAUCUUUUCGUUAUAAAUUCUUUUUUUCCCCGCCACCAUUUUUGUCCUCCUUCCUUCGCAGUUCAUAUCUUCCCUCAAGAUUUUCACAAAUUACCAAACCCAUUAAUAAAAGUAAAAAAGAUGCAUAGAUCAUCAAGCAAUACAAGAGUAGCAGAUGAUUUUUAUAGGAAUUCAUCUUCAUUUUUUUCUUCUCCUUCUACCGCCAUUGAUGGCGACGACAGCCAUGGAAACGGAAAUGGAAAUGGAAAUGGGAAUCUUCCUAUACACAACCCUGGAUCCUACCCUGCUAAGAAGGAAAAAUCUCGUCUUAGAUCCGCAGAAAAUGCUGUUCAUCUUAUUCCUCUUGUUCUUGUACUUUGCGCUAUCAUCCUCUGGUUCUCCUCCAACCCUGUUGAAGUCGUGACUAAAAAUCCUGGUUCAAUCGGUGUGAGAAUUGAAGGUUCUCACACUGCUGGGGCUGUCGAUGGCACCCACAACAACUUGCACCUCAAGCUUGAAGAUCACGAUUUGUUGCAUCUUCAUCAACGUCAGCAGCAGCAGACAAUUGAUAAGAAGCGUUCAGUAUGAAUGAAGACGGUAAUAAUGGAUGCAUACUUGUUGGUUAUUGGUUGUUGCAAAUGCCCAUAGUUCCCGAAUCCUUCAA